GGAAUGAAAAAAUUAUCUUUUGAGAUGACAAAAAAGUAAAAUAAAGACCAAAAUGUGAGCACCCGCAGAUAAGCGGUAGUCUCUGGCCACGAAAAUGUCUCCUCCGGCGGCCGGCGUUAUAGAACUCAGACCACUGGGCAAUACCGGCUUGAAUGUAAGCUCCAUCGGAUUCGGAGCCUCCCCACUUGGCAAUGUCUUCGGGAAUGUCUCCGAAGAAGAGGCUCUCGGCGCCGUCCGCCGUGCCUUCUGCCUCGGAAUCAACUUCUUCGACACCUCUCCGUACUAUGGGGGAACAUUGUCGGAGAAGGUACUCGGGAAGGCUCUGAAGGCACUGGGAGUAGCCAGAGAUCAAUACAUUGUGUCCACCAAGUGCGGGAGGUACAAGGAAGGCUUCGAUUUCAGCGCAGAAAGAGUGACUCGGAGUAUUGACGAGAGCUUGGAGAGGCUCCAGCUUGACUAUGUUGAUAUUCUCCAUUGUCAUGACAUUGAAUUUGGGUCUCUUGAUCAGAUAGUGAAUGAGACAAUUCCUGUGCUUGUGAAACUGAAGGAAGCCGGGAAAGCUCGUUUCAUUGGUAUAACUGGACUUCCCUUGCAGAUCUUCACUUAUGUGCUUGAUCGGAUUCCUCAAGGUACGGUUGAUGUAGUUAUGUCCUAUUGCCAUUACAGCAUUAAUGACUCAACAUUGGAGGAUCUACUGCCCUAUUUGAAGAGAAAGGGUGUGGGAGUGAUUAGUGCUUCUCCUCUUGCAAUGGGUCUCCUUACUGAGCCUGGUCCCCCGGAGUGGCACCCUGCAUCACCUGAACUCAAGGCUGCGUGUCGAGCUGCUGCUUCUUAUUGCAAGGGAAAGGGGAAGAACAUCUCAAAGAUAGCUAUUAAAUACAGCUUGGCUAAUGCAGAGGUUUCUACAAUACUAGUUGGAAUGAAGUCUGUGGCACAGGUGGAAGAAAAUGUUGCAGCUGCAACAGAUAUAACAGCAUCUGCAUCUGGAAAGGAAGAAGAGACCCUUUCUGAGAUUUCAAACAUCCUCAAACAUGUGAAGAACCAAACAUGGCCUAGUGGGAAUGAUACACAACAAAUUUGAUUAGUGAUGAAUGUUUUCAUGUUGGAAAAUAUUUGUUGUUUUAUUUUGAAUUUUAGGAAAUGUUAUACUAAGUACUUCAUAAAGUUUUACUACUUUAAGAUAUGGUUUUACUACUUGAAAUAUGAAUCAGAAUUUGAAUUCUAAAUCAAUAGAACUAAAAGAAAGUCUUUGAGAGAAUAAUGACAGUUUGUUAUA